AUGAUGUCCAUGAACAGCAAGCAGGCGUUCAGCAUGCACCCCAUCCUGCACGAGCCCAAGUACCCGCACCUGCACACCAGCUCCGAAGCCAUCCGCAGAGCCUGCCUGCCCGCCCCCCAGAUCCAGGGGAACAUCUUUGCGGGUUUUGACGAGACGCUGCUGCGGGGGGCCGAGGCUCUGGCCGCCGUGGAUAUCGUGUCGCAGAAAACCCACCCCUUCAAGCCGGACGCCACCUACCACACCAUGAGCAGCGUGUCCUGCACUCCUACCUCGUCCUCCGUCCACCUGCACCACCCGUCCGUGCUGACCACGCACCACCCCCACCACCACCACCACCAGCCCUCGCAGGGCCUGGACGGGGAGCUGCUGGACCACCUCAACUCCGCCCUCCCGCUCGGAGGGGUGCCGGGCCCCGACGUGGGCUCCACGCCUUCGCACCCGCAUUCCCACAUGUCGGCCAUCAACCACAUGGCCCACCACUCCCAGCCCAUGAACAUGUCCCACCCCCACGGCCUCGCGUCCCACGCCGUCAUCUCCGGCCCCGAGACGGAGACGGACCCCCGGGAGCUCGAGUCCUUCGCCGAGCGCUUCAAGCAGCGGAGGAUCAAGCUGGGGGUCACCCAGGCGGACGUGGGCUCCGCGCUGGCCAACCUGAAGAUCCCGGGGGUGGGCUGCCUUAGCCAAAGCACCAUCUGCAGGUUCGAGUCCCUCACCUUGUCCCACAACAACAUGGUGGCCCUCAAGCCCAUCCUGGAAGCGUGGCUGGAGGAGGCGGAGAGGGCGCAGCGGGAGAAAAUGACCAAACCCGAGAUCUACACGGGGGGGGACAAGAAGCGCAAGCGCACGUCCAUCGCCGCCCCCGAGAAGCGCUCGCUCGAGGCCUAUUUCGCCGUCCAGCCUCGGCCCUCCUCCGAGAAAAUCGCCGCCAUCGCCGAGAAGUUAGACUUGAAGAAGAACGUGGUGCGGGUCUGGUUUUGCAAUCAGAGACAGAAGCAGAAAAGGAUGAAAUUUUCUGCCACCUACUGA